AUGCCAUCCCAAACAUAUACGCUGGCCACCCGGGUCAAGCUGGCCACCGGCCAGACGAUCCCCCAGAUCCAGCUGGGCCUGUACAUGAUGUCCGGCAAGGAGGCCUACCAAUCAACAAAAUGGGCCCUCUCAGCAGGCUACCGGGGCUUCGACUCGGCCCAGAUGUACCACAACGAGCGCGAGGCGGGCAAGGCCAUCCUGGACUGGCUGAACAGCCCGGAAAACACCGACGGCCUCAAGCGCGAGGACAUCCACUACACCUCCAAACUGGCCAGCUGCAGCACCAGCUACGACCAGGUGCGCCGCAGCAUCAAGAAGUCCGUCGACGUGUCCGGGCUGGGCUACGUCGACCUGUUCCUGCUGCACAGCCCGUACGGCGGCAGGGAGGCCCGGCUGGCGAGCUGGAGGGCGCUGGAGGACGCGGUCGAGGCGGAGGAGGUCAAGAUGGCGGGUGUGAGCAACUACGGGGUUAGGCAUAUCGAAGAGCUCAUUGCGUCGAGCCCGAAGGUGCACCCUGCCAUCAACCAGAUUGAGGUGCACCCGUUCAACACGCAGAUUCCCAUCCGGGAGACGUGUGCCAAGCACAACAUCAACGUGGAGGCGUACGCGCCGCUGGCCAGGGCGAUGCGGAUGAAGCAUCCAAAGAUUGUCAGCCUUGCCAAGGCAUACAACUGCACACCGGCACAGCUGUUUGUGAGAUGGUCUUUGCAAAACAACAUGAUCACCCUGCCCAAGAGCGUCAAGAAGGAAAGACUCAUUGAGAACGUUGAUGUCAACGGCUUCGAGAUCUCGGAUGAUGAUCUGGCAGUCAUGGAAAAGCUGGACGAGGGACUUGUCACGGAUUGGGACCCGACAGAUGCCCCGUAG